AUGAGCCUUGCAACAGCAACCCCCGCCAACCCAGACCUGGGGACCACGGUUGCGGCGCCGCCAAAGCCAACCGGCCACCCUUCUCCGGAGAAGGCUGCCCGAGACGAGAACACGAGCUUCAAGAUCGCAGUGGCUAUCCUAGCCACUACCCUCGGCCUCUUCAUCUUCUUCAUGGUCUUUUGGCCAUGCAUCCGACGCCGCCAAGGCCGAAAGCCAGCCGACGUCGAGCAAGGCAUCGAGAUGAGCAGGCAAGCAACCACUCGUCGCUCCCCGCCCCGCCAGCACCCCGGUCCUCAGGCGGCACCCGGACCAAGGCAGAAUAACGUCCCGGAACAGCCUCGCAUGGCAUACAGAAUUUCGCCUCGCAGGAUGAACUGGGGCGAGGGCUCCGACAACCGCAGGGCUCCGCCGGCUUGGACGCAGCAGGUCAGGCGCGUGCCGGCCCAAGAGAACAGUCGCAGCCACGCGAACGGGGCUCCCUCCGCGCCAACGGACCGAAUCGUCCAUGAGCGUCCUGGUACCGCAGAAACCGGUGCCACCUAUGUGCCGGGCUCAAACGACCACCCGGGAUACUUCGAGGUCGAUCUCGGACAACAGAUUCAGACUGAGGUCUCGCCGGUCAGCACCAUGGUCUCUCCGAUUCGCACCGUCUCACCGAUUAGUCCGCCGAUUCCGACUUCCAGCAAGUCUCGACGGCAGCGACGUGAGGAGCGUUGGGAGAAGCCGCGCCCGAAGGGUUAUGACGCUGACACUGGUAGAUUCACCAGGAAACUGUUCACGCGGGAAGGAAGAGACACGUAG